AUGCAGAUCUUGGCAGACAACUUCAAGGUCUCCGACAUCGACAGAGAAGGCAAGUUGUACGCAAACGUCUCGAGGGCAUACAUGAAGUCCCCUACCGUCGACAUUGCCCUUGACUACAACACCGUUCUCUGCAGGCUCCAGACAGGCCACGCUCUUGAAGUACGUAUCUUCCGAGGAAUCAGUGAGGACAUUGAAUGCCACUAUCUAGUCUGUGGAAGGGUCUAUUCCGUGGAGUACAAGGGAGGUCGAGCCCUUGUAAAAGCUUCGUUCGGGGGCCUUCUGCUCAGCAUGGAUGCUCCCGAGGAGGGGGUCAGAGACAUCGGAGACAAGGACGAGAUAUCCCUGGCGCUUACCUUCAUAUAG